AUGAAUGAUUUAUCUCAAUUCCAAGCUGAAGCAGAUUCCAUUAUUGAAAAGAUCGAGCAAAACUUACAAUCAUUAGAAAGCAACCAAACAAAGAAUGAAAUAGGCAAGGUUUCUCAAUUAAUUGCUCUUUUUAACCAAAUUGAAAAUGUAAUUCAAAGCAUUAUUGCUCAAUCAAGCAUUUGGGAAAUGAAUCAAAGAAGAGAAGCACGAAAUUAUGUUACUCAGCUCAGAACAACAAUUACCGAAUUACAAACACGCUUUGCUCCAUUCCAGGGGUCAAAAUCCAAUACAUCCAUCGGAUUUAAUGAAAAUGUUGCAGGCGAAGAUAUAAAUUCUCCCCUUAUUUUACACGAGGAAAAAGUCUCUGAUGAAAAUUCAUCAGAAGAUGGAAAUGAUGUCAAUAUAAUUGAACAACAGAGUCACUGUAUCAAUAUUUUCAGAUAUAUCACAUCUACAAUCUUACUUUUGGCAAUGAUUUACGUUGUUGCUGAAUUAUUUAGUUAA